AUGCAAUGGCCGCCCUGGACCUCCUCUCCCUCCCCUCCGCCCCCCCAAAGCACCCCCCAAAGCACGCUCUGGGACACCAACAAGGCGCUCAUCCUGCCCACGCUCACGCUCACCACCGCCGCCCUGGGCGCCGCCUACCUCUACCGCAACCACCUGCGCCGCAUCCCCGACGCGGCGAGCAUCUACCCCAGCUUCUUCCGCCGCCGCAGCAUCUACGGCCGCGUCACCUCCGUCGGCGACGGCGACGGCUUCCGCCUCUACCAUACGCCGGGCGGACGCUGGCUCGGCUGGGGGUGGCUGCCCGGACGGGAGGUCCCCACGGCGGGGCCGGGGGGCAGGGGCGGCGUGAGGGAUACGUUGCAUAUUAGGAUCGCGGGCGUGGAUGCGCCAGAGGGCGCGCACUUUGGCCGCGCGGCGCAGCCGUAUGCGGCCGAGGCGCUGGCGUGGCUGCGCGAGUACCUGCUCGGACGGAAUGUGCGCGUGUAUGUGUACCGGCGCGACCAGUAUGAGCGUGUGGUGGCGAGCGUGAAGGUGUGGAGGGGCGUGUGGAGGAGGGAUGUGGGGCUGGAGAUGUUGGAGAGGGGGAUGGCGACGGUGUAUGAGGCGAAAACGGGCGCCGAGUUUGGGAAGCUCGAGGAGGUGUAUAGGCUGGCAGAGUGGCGGGCGCGGAAGGCGAGGAGGGGCAUAUGGAAGCAGGCGAGGAUUAACUUUGUGAGUCCGGGGCAGUACAAGAGGGCGAUCAGGGAGGCGGAGGCGACGAAGGGUGCGGCAGGGACGCCGGUGGUGAAGGUGUAG